AAAAAGGCCACUGUCGCCACCACCGAGACCAAGAUGGCCACGAGACUCAGCAUUUUCCUCAAGAUUUCCUGGGCCAGGGAGCCAGUGCUGGUCGGGUCCUUUAUCAUCUGGAGCCUCGCUGUAAUUCUACCCCCACUUAGCCCCUACACCAAGUACUCCACCAUGAUCAAUGAGGCAAUGCCCUACAACUACCCAGUGCCUGUCUGCGAUGACGGGAACAUGCCCAACGUGCCCAGCCACCCCCAGGACCCCCAAGGCCCCAGUUUGGAGUGGCUGAAGAAAUUGUGA